GGGCUACUUGUGUGGAUCAUUGUAAUCAUUCGCCUGCACUGAGCGUUCAGUGACCUGUUACAUAAGAAAGGAGAGCAAAUCUGUAUUUUUGCCCGCUCCAGCACCCUGUGUGCUCCGAUUCAAGCACCCGAAGUGAUUUCAGAUACGAUCAGCUGACGAAUCCAGUGCAAAUCGAUAGACAAGUUCACCCAAUACUGCAAAAACAAUGCAUUAACAUCAUUUCGGAAGCUCCAGUACCAGCAAGGGCCCACAAUCUAUCUCAGCACCGCUAUUAUAUAUAUUAACACCUAUUCCGCCACUGCCAGAACACAAUUGCAAGUCCUACACCACAGUUCUUCUACACCAACACGUGUGAAAAAGCACUAUCCCAAGAUCUCAACAUGAGAGCUUCUGCCUCUAUCCUCAUGGUUGUCAUGGCCACUUCUGGUCUAGCCGCCUCGAUUCAAAUCCGUCAGAACCAAUGGGGUCCUAACACCUGCCCCACGAAGGCGCAGUGCGAAGCGUCUUGCAAAGCUGUGGGACUAGUAUACGCUGCUCAUAGUUGCAACAAUGCUUGGACGAAUUGUGCGUGCAAUUAUGCGUAGCUUUACAGCAACAACGGGAUGUUGUAGCAAUACUGCUAGAUAUGGGAGCACGCUAGAUAUGGGAGCACGCGUAGUGUGGAUCAAGGAGCUUCGUUUAGUGGCGGUAUGAAGGAUUAGCCUUACUGGCAUUCUUUUUGUUAUAAUAGCCCUGCGAACAGAUCGAAUGCAUCUCUGCGGCGUAAUCCUAGUUUGUAUAGGAAAUUGCUUAUAACUGCGACUUGUUCCUUGUAAAACCGACCGCUGUCGGCCAUCUUUGGCCGUGCGCUAAAGG